GUGGGGCUUUGCAGGCUAAGAAAGCAAGGACGAGAGAGAGAGAGAGAGAGAGAUGGGCAGCGGGAAGCAAGAGAAGCGUUCAAAAAGCAGCCUCCCAAAGAAAAACCCUAAACGAAAACGUCUACCUCUCGGCCCCAAUAGACCCCAGAAGAAGAAGAAGAAGACCAAAACCACGUCCCACAAGACGGAGAACAACAAUGAAACCAAAAACAACAAUCACAGCAUCGUUACGGCGGCGGCUACAUCGGCUGAGCAGCUGAGUUUCUUCGUGGGUCAAUAUCAAUCAGCCAAUGCCAUUCAACUCUCUUCCCUCGAGCUCGAAUCUAUCACUGAUAAAUGUAUUCUCAAGCUAUCUCAAGGCCUGGCUCAAAGUUCUAACAAUUUAGGUGAACAUAUGAAGGCUGCUUUUGGAUCAUCCUGGAGAGAAGUGCUUUGUGGAAAACAGAUCUUGGAAGGAAAGAUUGAUCCUGGGAAUCCAGCACUUCUUGUUAUUAGUUUAUCUGCCUUGAGAUCAUUAGAACUUCUUAGGGGUUUGCAGGCUUUGACCAAAGAAUGCCAUGCUGCAAAGCUAUUUUCAAAGCAUAUGAAGGUUAAUGAUCAGGUGUCCUUUUUAAAGAACCGUGUUAAUAUUGCUAGCGGGACACCAAGCAGGAUCAAGAAGUUGAUUGAUAUGGAGGCACUGGGAUUAACACGAUUAGCAGUGAUUGUGCUUGACAUGCAAACUGAUGUUAAGGGUUAUUCCUUAUUCACACUUCCUCAAGUCAGAGAUGAGUUAUGGGACUUGUAUAAGAACGACUUGCACCCACAACUAGUUCAAGGUGAUCUUCGUAUCUGUCUCUAUGGUCUGAUACCCAAGACCAACCAAUAA